GCAUUGCGGGAAUAACAGACUGCAUGCCGAGUCCUUCCUCGCAGGAGACAUUUUAUUUGACGGACUUUUUCUUUCAAGACGGACCAUUUCUCCUGACGUUAAUAAUGUGUAGAGGGAGCUCAGUCUUGCGGCUGUCACUGGGUUAAAACCUGUCAACCUUGGCGAGGGAGGUCGGUUUGGGCAGCCAGAACUCCUCGGUGCUGGCUGAUUCUGCAGUGCAAACCGGAUCUCACGUCCAACCUGGAGACAUUUUUGCUGCAUUCACGAUGAUCUGAGCGUGACUUCUGAGCGCUGAGUAGAGGCAUCCCUCCUCUCUCUCUCUUUUUCCUUUCUCUCCCGCCUCCCCUCUCCGUCUCUUUCUUUCACUCUUUUCUUUUCGUGGUUUCAGCACAGGCUGCCCAUUCAAUUAGCCCCUUUUUUCAGCGCUGGGGAAGCUGAGAGAGAUGGGACGACUCGGUUUCAGCACCACGGAGAGCGCCCGACUUCUGCUGCUCAGUGUUUUUGGUGUGCUGCUGCUGUCCGUGGUGCUGGCGGAGCAGGAAGGGGAGAACCUGUCUGGUCUCUCCAACAACCCGGACAAAGCCAUCUUCGCGGUCCGGGAGAAUGGCACAACAUGCCUGAUGGUGGAGUUCGCCGUGAAAUUCCUCGUGCCAUAUGACGUGCUUGCGCUCAACGGGAUAGACCUGAUCACCGAGCAAGCGUCUUUCACUCUGCCCCGUGGUGCAGAAAUCGAGGGGAAAUGUGGGAGCACGGAGUCAGAGAUCCACAUAUCCUGGAAGAACAACGCCUACGUUCUCCGCAUCUACUUUUCAAAGGAGUUCCGUGACAAGGGCAUUGAGGUGUGGAAGAUUAGCAAGGUCCAGUUCGUCUACGACACCUCGGAGACAUCGAUUUUCCUCAACGCAUACAACCCUGGGAAGCACACAGCCAGCACCCACCGCCUGUCAGCCCUGGUGACCCCCGCCGGGCGCUCUUUUGUGUGCACAGCACAGCAGACCCUCACCCUCAUCUCUAGUGACCACCAGAAGGGCGUCACCGUUUCCAUGUAUGACAUCCAGAUCCAGCCCUUUGACAUCACUUCUGACUUCAUUUUCAGUGAACCUUACAAGUGUAUCACCGACCAGCGGGAGCGCUUGGAGGAGACCCUCCCCCUUGUCCUGGGCCUCAUUUUGGGCCUCAUAAUCAUCAUCACGCUCACCGUCUACCACUUCCACCUGAAGCUGACGGCAAACCAGCCCCAGCUCCCCAGAGAUCGCUCCAUGUACAAGAACAUGUAGUCAGCAGCACAGCGGCGGCUCCCUCAGCUCUCUCCAAAGCUAACCUGAUAAAAGACUUGUCUCCUCGAUGUCCAAGGCCUAACACCACAGAGGAAAGUGCCCUGCCAUGGACUGAUUCCCUGACAGAGAAAUGUGUGUAGCCUGUACUGUAGGCCCAUUGGAACUUUUGAACAGCUAAAACACAAGUUAAUGGGACAGCUUGGGGCCUAGCAUGGAUGUAGUUGGAGGGUCAACCCAUCAAAAUCUAAUUUAUCUGGUUGCUGAAUUGAAACUUAAUGCCAUAAAUUCAAAGUCUGCAUUACAGUGAUAAGAAUUUUAAUGAAAAUAAAAACAUUAAUUUAUGCCUUCAUGAAAAUAUAAUUGAUUUAUAUUCAGAUUGGUGGGUGUUUGACAUCUGAAAAUCACCAACCUAAGGUUACAGUUGACCUGUUUGUUUCCUGACAUCACUGGGGCCUACUUUAUCACUUCAGCCAUUUUUAUCCAACUUGUCUUUGAAAGAAAUUUCAGAUAUUGCCUGAGCUUCUGCUGCCAUUUGCCAACAGUUUGUGUCAUCCUCUCCUCCCCUUCUCUCUCUCUGAAACUGCUGCUAUAUAAUUUCAAUACCUAUUGUUGGUUCUGUAUUUGCUAACCUUUAAUUUCAUUUUUGAAUGCAGCCAUAGUGUUGACAGUGGACAAGUCUUGUAGUGUGUGCAGUGCAGUGGCAUUCAGAGUCAUUAAGAAUUGUAAUGUUUUUGCUUUGACUUCAACAAAUCUUUUCUCCACACUGAUAUAUGGAACAUAUCAAAAAAGGAAGAAAGAAAUACAUAAACAUCUGACAAAAAUUCUGUACUAAUAGUGAAGAAUUUAUGAGAAUGCCAUAUGAGUGUUAAUGAAAGUACAGAGGUUAUUAAAUUAAAAAAAAAAUAUGUGUAUAAUAUUUUCAGAAACAAAGUCUAUGCAUAAACCUCUGCUGAUGCAAUCUUGUGCAGUAUUCUUCUGUUCAUUGAAAUAAAUUGCUGGAAUCAUC